AUGGCCACUUUGGAUGUACCAAGCGAAAGCAUUGCCUCCGACUCUAAUUACUCAGAAAAUACAUCAAAUUCUUCAAAUAGUAUACACAAUACUAUUAAAGAUUUAUCUGAUUUUAAAUUAAAAAACAUAUUGCAAAACAAUAGUAACAGAAAAUCCGUGUAUCUCAGUGGAACAUUUGAUUCGAAGGAAGGAGAUGCUAUAGUAAUUUUGGAAAAAACAGCGUUUGCCGAAGAAAAUUUGAAUAAUGAUAGUGACUAUUUCACAGACAAAAGCCAUUUAGAAAAGAUUUUUCAAAAUGAUAUAUAUGGAGAUUACAAAUAUUUUACACGGAGCAAAUUAAAUACUAUUAAAACGACAAUAAUUCAUCCUGCAACAGAAAAACACAUUUUUAAAUAUUCUAUUCAAAAGUGUCACAUCGUAGAUGAAACACCACAAAUUUAUAAUGAUAUAGUCUUACCAUACCUAACUGAUGAGCAAUUUAGUUUACAGUGGGUGUACAAUAUAUUGGAACAUAAAUCUGAAUCGGAAAGAAUAGUUUUCGAAGAUGUAGAUCCAGUUAAUGGAUUUAUUAUGGUACCUGAUUUAAAAUGGAGUGGUGAAAUAGACACAUUGUACUUACUAGCUAUUUCUAAUAGAAGAAAUAUUAAAUCGUUACGAGAUUUGACUCAAGAACACUUACCUCUCUUGAAAAAUAUUAGGGAGAAGGGAAUUGAAGUUAUAAAAAAUAAAUAUGGAUUAGAAGGUACACAACUGAGAAUAUAUUUACAUUAUCAGCCUUCAUUCUACCAUUUACAUGUUCACUUUUGCUACUUAAAGCACGAAGCUCCUGGAAUAUUAGCUGAAAGAGCUCAUUUGCUUUCAAAUGUGAUAAGUAAUAUAGAAUUACUGCCAGAUUACUACCAAAAAGUGACACUUCCGUUCGUUGUCAGAGAAAACGACAAAUUAUUUUUGGCGUUAGAACAGAAAGGCAUUUCAAAAAAACUUUGAAAUGUCACUGAGU